AAUAUCUAAGAUACUGGGAAGGAGCUUCGAGGUUCAAGAGAUUAUCUGGUUCAAGAUCAGCGCUCUAGAGCCAUGGAUCACAUGUCGUUGAGGAGUAAUUCAAAAGUGAAUGCUUCGUACUGCAAGUAUGUCAUGAGCUACUAUGAGUUCAUACCGGCCGGCGACACAGAAGUGUUCAAGCCCUUGGCGGCUGAUCCGGUUCCGAACAAAGGAAUAGGCUACGUCAAGAACAAUCUCCUAUACUCCUCAAGGGACAAAACAAAAGUUUACGGGCACGUUGGUGGGUUGUACUUCUACCAUACAGAGGACGUGAUCGAGGAUGUGGUGACAAUUACCUUCUCCGAAGGCUUGGUCCGACCGUGGGGAGGCAGCUCGAUUAGCCUGCGAGGCUCGUGGUUCAUGACUCCAGACGGUCAAGCUGAUCUUGACAAACAGGAGCUGGGCAUCGUGGGUGGACAGGGCCAAUUCAGAGGCGUCACGGGUUUUGUCAAGUACGAGAAAGUGCAGAAAGAUCCGCAAACCGUGUUCCAUGUCACUUGCCACAUCUAUGUUCCUGACUUCGUCGGCCGCGAUCACGAAGUUGAGAUCAACCUCAACGAGCUGCUCGAAGCUGAUGCCAAACCAAACGGCUUUCACGGCCAUGGUCACGAUCAGGGUCACGGUCAUGGUCAUAAUCAUGGUCACGGCCAUGAUCGAAGAGAGUAGGGCGACUGCCGGAAGGUCUCAUGGCUGCUGGAAGUCCGAUUCACUUCCAUUCUGCCGUUUCGCGAUACUCUCGCGCUGGUGUUGUUUUCCCCGACGAAGUUUGUGAGCUUUAUCAGGCGG